AUGUUCCACCGACCGUUGUCUAACCUCUGCUCCAAGGUUGUCUCGGCGGCCGCGAUGACUCCACUGGUCGGGAAGCCAUCGAAAGAGGAGGGGAGGGCCGCAACGAGCGUGGAAAAGGACCCGCGGCACAAGCAGAUAUUUCUGCAGAAGUUUCGUGAGCGGUUGGCCGCUGACACAACUGGCAAGAACACACUGGAGGGAUUUAUUGACCUUCCCGAAGGAAUUUCUCCCACGGCAGCAGCCGUCGGGCCACUGAAGCGGGGUGAGGAGCCACUGCCGCCCUGGUUGAAGCUUAGGGUUGCGAAGGGCUUCUCACAGCAGCCACGUUUCAACAAAAUUCGAAGGUCAAUGAGAGAUAAGCGUCUGGCAACAGUAUGCGAGGAGGCUAAGUGCCCUAACAUUGGAGAAUGCUGGGGCGGGGGUGAGGAGGAGGACAUCGCAACAGCGACAAUCAUGGUUAUGGGAUCACAUUGCACCCGAGGCUGUCGCUUCUGCUCUGUGCUGACGAGCCGUAGACCACCUCCACUGGACCCAAAUGAGCCGCAACGAGUGGCGGAAGCUGUCGCAGAGAUGGGUGUUGAUUACAUUGUUAUGACCAUGGUUGACCGUGACGAUUUAACUGACGGUGGGGCUGCGCACAUUGUGUGUUGCGUGAAUGCCAUCAAAGAGAGGAACCCUCAGCUGCUUCUCGAGGCGUUGGUAGGCGACUUCCACGGUGACCUUAAGCUUACAGAGACGAUUGCCUCCUCGCCACUUAGUGUGUACGCACACAACAUUGAGUGUGUGGAACGCAUUACCCCAAAUGUGCGUGAUCGCCGCGCCACGUAUCACCAGUCGCUCAAGGUGCUCGAACACGUCAACAUUUUUACCAAGGGUGCUAUGCUCACAAAGAGCAGCAUCAUGCUGGGUCUCGGUGAGCGGGAGGAGGAGGUACGACAAACUCUUAGAGACCUACGCACUGCCGGUGUUUCGGCGGUCACACUCGGCCAGUACUUGCAACCCUCACGCACACGUCUGAAGGUGAGUCGUUAUGCGCACCCAAAGGAAUUUCAGAUGUGGGAGGAGGAGGCACUGGCGAUGGGCUUUUUAUACUGUGCUUCUGGGCCAUUGGUACGGAGUUCAUAUAGAGCUGGUGAAUACUACAUCAAAAAUAUACUGAAGCAGCGGGAGCCCACACAAACAACAAUAACUUCUGCGGACACCAAUGCAUCCUCUAAUGCAGCUGAUGCGACCAACUAG